GAUGGGCAUGUUAGUGCGAUUAGUGGGGGGGGGGAGUAUAUAAGAAGACAGCAGGACGAAGACCAAAAACACACAAACUGACCAGAAACACAUCGGACAGAAGCCAACUGUGUGACGGCAAAAACAGUGCAUAAAAGAUGGCAGACGCAGCCAUUGCAGCUCCUGCUGACAAGAAGGCACCUCCCAAGUUCAAGCAGAGGGCCAUGCGCACCUUCAAGAGCAAGGCGCCCAAACCAGGCCAGAAGGGUUUUGGAGACGACAUCCCCGGCAUGGAGGGUCUUGGCACAGACAUCACAGUGAUUUGCCCAUGGGAAGCCUUUGGCGACAUGGAGCUCAGUGACCUGGCAAAAUACGGAAUCGUCUAGAAACCCUAGAGGGUCUCCACCAUGCAAUGAUUAUCCUUCACCCAGUCCUCCUCUCUUGCCCUAUUCUCCUUCACCUUCUAAAAUACCUGACCUGAUGCCUGUUGUGUUAGGCCCACAUUGGUUUUGGGAAACAUUGCACGAAAAUUGAUACCCAAAGCUGAUCCAAACCGUGGCAACGUUGGCAAAUAUUAUAAAAAAAGUUACAUAUUUUAAUUAUUGAUUUAUAUAUGCUUCAGUGAGGUGUCCCUGCUUGAAGCAAUAACUCCAAACUUCCUCACCCAUACUUUGCACUUGGCUUGUGCAUUUCUGAGAGACAAUGGACUAAAUCUGUUGUAAGAGGGUUGAUCGCUGUUUCUACAGCAUAUCACCACUAAACCUUCACUCCUCUCUCCUGCCUUUUCCACUCCAUGACCCUUCCCCUCUUUGGAGCUAUUCCCUUUUAACGUACAGCUGCUUAUGGUACAUAUAUAUAUUUUUUAUUUUCAUGAACUAUAAUUGUACAUUUGUGCACACUAAUCAAUAAAUAUGAGAAUCACAGCUGA